CCCGCCAUGGCCGGCCGCUUCGCCAUCUCCGUGCGGGACUUGAACGAGCUGCUGUCCGACCUCGGCGGCGGCUACAGCUUCCCGGACCGGCCGUGCAACGAGGUGGCCCCACGGCUCUUCGUGGGCGACGCGUCAGCGGCUCGGGACAUCCCGGGGCUGCGGCGGCUGGGCAUCACGCACGUCCUGAACGCGGCCGAGGGCAAGUCCUUCAUGCACGUGGACACGGGCGCCCAGUUCUACGCGGGCACGGACAUCGCCUACCUGGGCCUCCGCGCCAGCGACUCGCCGGACUUCAACCUCGCCGCCUACUUCGGCCGCGCGGCCGACUUCAUCGCCGGCGCCCUCGGCCGGGACGGCCGCGUGCUGGUCCACUGCCGGGAGGGCUACAGCCGUGCCCCGACUCUGGCCAUCGCCUACCUGAUGCUGUGCCAGGGCAUGGACGUGCGGACGGCGCUGAGCACCGUGCGCCAGCACCGCGCCAUCGGGCCCAACGAUGGCUUCCUGGCGCAGCUUUGUGAGCUCAACGAGAGGCUCGUUGCUGAGAGGAAGGCCUGAGACCCCAGAGGCUUGGGCCAGGCUGCACCUCCAGCUCCGCAGACCGCCUCCAACCCCGCAGACCUCCCAGCCCCACAGAACCCCAGGCCCACAGACCCCCAGACCUGCAGCCUCCCAGGGUCCUGUCUGGGCCCAAUAAAGUAUUUGGAUGGG